ACGGCGCACAGUCGCACAGAGGGCUGGCCUCGGAGUUGCACACCGAGCGCGAGCUUUUGCGGCUGCAGAUUCCGAAAUUGUGGGGGGGGCCACGUCCUCGCUGCGAGCGGAAUGGUGAGCGAGCGCUCGACGAUGAGAUCGGUGUAGAGAGAGAGAGAGAGAGAGAGAGAGAGGAGCAGGGGGAGGAGAUCGAUUGGGGAUUCCGAUAUUGAGGAGCUACGACAUUGUGAUCGAGACUCGGGAGGCGGGAGGAAUCGCGAGAGCUCGUCGAGAUGAUGGAGAUGGUGGGGAGUACGGCGGCGAGCUACUGGAAGUCGAUGGAGGAACACGGAUUUCGCCCGGAUCAGCCCUCGUCGAGGUCGUGGGCAUUGUUGGCGGGUUAUUUUGUGGGGCUGGCCGUGCUGGGAGUCGUCGUUCCGGGGCCGAAAAUUCAAGGCGUGGUUUUGGCGGAUAAAACUCGAAUCACUUACAAGUGCAAUGGGUUCGCGGUGCUCGUGGUUCUUUUGGCAGUGCUGGCCGGUGGCGCCAGCGCUGGGUUCUUUUCUCCUUCGAUCAUCGCCGAUCAGGGCGGAGAAUUAUUCGUGGCCGCGCUCAUCCUGUGCACCGUGCUCUCGAUUUACCUCCAGGUCGUGGGGUCUCUGUCCCGGAGCAAAAGCACUUCGUUGGUGUCUCAUGCGACCGGCAAUGUCGUACACGAUUGGUGGUUCGGAGUGCAGCUCAAUCCUAGCCUUUUGGGUCUCGACCUAAAGUUUUUCUGGAUACGAGCAGGCAUGAUGGGAUGGCUGCUCAUCAACCUGUCCAUUGCCGCGAAGAGCUAUCUCGAGCAUGGAUCUCUUCCGGUGUCUAUGGUGCUCUUCCAGGUCUUCUGUCUGAUUUACGUGCUGGAUUAUUUCUGGUUCGAGGAGUAUAUGACCUCGACAUGGGACAUAAUUGCCGAACAUUUCGGAUUUAUGCUCGUCAUGGGGGAUGUGGUUUGGAUCCCCUUCACCUUCAGUAUUCAAGCCUGGUGGCUUAUGACGAAUCGUGCAGAGCUGACCAAAGUCGCCGCCUUCAUGGAUGUGGUCAUCUUCCUCAUCGGGUACACAGUUUUUCGUGGCUCAAACAAACAGAAACACAUUUUCAAGAAGGAUCCCAAAGCUUUGAUUUGGGGCCAGCCUCCGAAAGUCGUGGGAGGGAAAUUGCUGGUUUCUGGGUAUUGGGGAAUUGCCAGGCACUGCAAUUAUCUUGGAGAUCUUCUCGUGGCUUUCAGUUUCAGUUUACCUUGUGGAUUCAGUUCUCCAAUCCCUUACUUCUAUCCGACUUAUCUGCUUAUCUUGCUCCUUUGGCGAGAGAGAAGAGACGAAGCGAAAUGUAGACAGAAGUAUAAGGAAGUAUGGGUUGAAUACUGCAAAACCGUACCGUGGAGAAUUAUUCCCGGUUUGUACUAGUAUCUUGUAGGUCUCUUUCUUCUGCGGCUGACGAAUAUCCAAUUUGUGGAUUUUAUUCUGCUCA